GACGCAGCCCACAAUCAGUCCCGCGAAUACAGCUAAUCUUGUCGGUGUGGACCUGGGGUACAGGGACAAGCGGGGCGUGCUGUCACUGGGAGAUUUCGCUCAACCCAGAGACAUGGUCGGGAAUCCCAAAAACAUGGGCUGGCAUCCCAGAGACAUGGUCUGGCAAACCAGAAAAAUGGUCAUGCGACGGCAUCAUUAUCCUCCUCCUAUUGCUCCUCCUCCUCCUCCUCCUCCUCCUUCGCCUGCUCCGCCUGCUUUUCCGCCAACCCGAGCGUGUCCGAAUGACGUGAAGGCGAGCCGAAUGGGCGCAGAGUCGAUGAUGUUGCUUUCCCGGGAAGGGCCUACCCGUUACUGAGAACGGAGAUGCACGAGGCUAGUUGGGGUUGGUCGUUGUCAUCGCGAUGAUUUGCCGGAUUUCGGACCGCUGGCGUUGGUCGUGUAAUGAGUGAAGGGUUGGAG